CUGUUUCCUCUCAUCUCACGGCGUAUACCAUUUCCAGAAAGAGCUUUUUGUUUUUCGGGUUCUCCAGAGGUCAGUGGUCUGCUUAAAACAUUACACUCAAACGAAAAGGCAAAACAGAAUUAUUCAAAAUUUGGGCGAACAUAUAAAUCUUGUCAGUUCAGCAAUACACGCCUGAAUAAAAAUUGUUUCUCCUGAAAUACACCCCCGCCAGCUGUGGAGGAUUCCAAAAAUGGCAGCAGUUCCUGUCAGAGCAGAGUGGAACUUUCCUAUUUUUCUUCCAAUUUUGCCAACUAUCGGUUAAAUUUUCCCCACUGCGUUAAUAUUUUUGAUUCAACUAAUCAUUAGCAGGACUAUAGGGAGUUUGGCCAGCCAUCAGUUGCUGGGUGACUUGGUCCCGGGGCUUCGUGUUUGGUCGGCAGAUCACCGGGCUUCCCUCGAAGUUGACGCCGCUCUUCUUUUCACAGGCUCCCCCUAACAACAGCUCACUGAACGCGGAACUUUCAGCUGAGACUGGACAUCCGCGGUAGCUAGCUAGUUAGCUUGCCGGCCGAAGAGCGCCGAAAAUAAACCAGCGUCGUCUCGUUUUUUUCCCUUCAUUCAGCUGAUACCCGCUCGGAGAUCCAGGAGACGUGUCGCGUCACUUGUCAGGGGAAAUAAAUAUCUGGUGUUAGAUGUCAGCACCAGUCAGAGACGCACUGACUUUCUUCUGCUGUUAUAAUCUAUCCUAGCCAAUCACAUGGAGAAGCUCCAGGAUUUGGGCCAAUCAGAGCUGCAGGAGCUCCUGGACAAUCCAGAUAGGGUGGAGUCUAUGGCUCAGGAGUCUGACGAGAUUCAGAAUAUCCAGCUGGAGAGAGAGAUGGCGCUGGCGGCCAACCGCAGCCUGGCAGAGCAAAACCUGGACAUGAAACCUCGAUUGGAGUCCCUGAAGGAGGCGCUGGUGGCGAGAUACUCUCAGCUGGAGGCCGUCAGAGAAACCUACAGGCAGCACUGCUCCCAGAGAGAUGGGAUGGUGGGUCAGGUCUCUCCAGAGGCGUUCUUCUCAAGACUACAAACGGAAAGUGAAAAAACAGAGUCUGAGUCAGAGGCUCUGGCCGAUGACUUCCUGGAAGGCUCUCUGUCCUUGGACUCCUUCUUCGAGCGUUUCCUCCUCCUGCGCUCGCUCGCUCACAAAAGACGCGUGCAGAUAGAGAAACUCCAAGAAAUCCUGCGACAGAGGGACAAGAGCAACCCGACCGCCAUGACAUCAUCAGCCGGCGUUGCCCCAAACCCCGUCGCCACGGCAGCCUCAUGGAACCUACCGACGACAACGGUGACGACGACAAAUCUGCCGCAGCCGAACUCCAACCCGCCGUCCUCCAGCUACCAAAACUCCUCUCAGUCGGCCUCGUCUUCUGCAGUUGGAGCCUCUGGGCUUCCGUACAGCCCGUACCCCGUUUCCCCUCCCAACCCGCCUGCUGUAGUGGCAGCGGCGGGGCCGAUCCCAAACAAUCCGCCGCCACAGUUCACUCCAUACCCGAGCUCUGGCUCGUCUUUCACCCCGGCCGCGGGCUACUCCGGGCCCAGACCAGCAUUCGGGCCGCCUUCCUCUGUCACCUGCCCGUAUCCGACCCAGCACCCAUUUCCUGCCCCGCACCCCGGCUCUGCGUUCGGUCAGUACACCCCCAGCCACCCCCCCGCCGGCGGCCCGGCGCCGUACCCGGCCUCCUACAGCUACGGCGGCUACAGCUACCCGGCCGCGCCGGCGUAUUCCAGUUCUCAGUCUCCAACGGGGAAGCCCAUGUACAGAGCCGGGUACGGCGUUCCCCAGCCGUACUCCUGAAAGCGCUGCUGCUGAUCGGCCUCACACCGCAGAAACACUGAACCUCUCCAAGUAUUUCUGAUGUAGUUUCUACUGCAAAUAUCUUAAUACGCUUAAAAUAAGACAAAGCUAACUUACAAAUAACUUCCCAGUAAACAUGCUGUAAGUAACGUACUUACAGCAUGUUGCUUUAAGUAUGCCUUUAUUGAUUUAAAGACGUUUCACUUAUUGUUUCACUUAUAAGUGAAACAAUCUGCCAGAAAACUGCACCGAUUGCAGUUUUCUGGCAGAUCAUCAGUCCUGACCUGCCAAUUCACAAUUUGGCUAAUACCAUUUUUUUUGUCUGAAAUGUUGUUAAACCCCUCUAAAGGCAGAGCAGAAGAGGAUAGAGGCUGAUUUUUAGACCUUUACUGAGGUAGAUAAGAUCGGCUUCACAUGCGUGCGUCAGCCCAGAAUUAAGGAAAUCAGGGCCAGUUUACUGCACCCUUACUAGCCUUAGCAUUCACAGCAGGCUAUGCUAGCUGCAGUGUAGCAGACGGCAAAUGAGGUGAUUGACAGCACUACAACCCUCCUCCUUAUUCUGAUUGGUUGUUUCUAGACAGCAUUUUUUUCACACUUUAUCUGUCUUAUACUGUCACUAUAUACUGACAGUUUCAACAAAUACACAAAAAAAAUAAUUUUUAUAAAAGUUGCAUACCACAGCUUUAAAACAAGCUCCCA